ACCUUUGUUUUCCCGGUCCAAUAGAAUCGAGUCAAUCGCCCAGCUGAUUCAUAAACAGUGUCACAAUAGAGAAAAGAAAGUGGAAUUUUCAUGCAAAAGGGUUUGAGAAUUUGGUUGAGACUCACGGAUUGUAUUCGAAAUCGGGUAGAAUGAGGUAUCCAGUGGAUUCAGCGGAAGCGGGGCGCGCGAGGAAGAAGGGGGCGUGGGUUCGGGCGUGGCUGGUGGUGGACUCCGCAGGGGAGGCGGAGGUGGUGGAGGCCGGCAAGCACGCCAUCAUGCAGCGGACUGGUCUCCCCGGCCGAGAUCUCCGCAUGCUCGACCCCGCCCUCUCCUACCCCUCCACCGUCUUGGGCCGAGAGCGCGCGAUCGUCGUCAAUUUGGAGAAUAUCAGGUCGAUUAUCACUUCUCGAGAGAUGAUUUUUCAAAAUUCCAAAGAUCCUUUGCUUACUCCUUUUGUCGAUAAAAUUCAGCAAGUGUUUCGCCAUCGACAAGCUGUCCUCUCCACCCAGGAGUCUGGACAUGAAGGAAACAAACCAGUGUGGACAGAUUUUUACGGCUCAAAAGAGCCGGAACAGGAAGAUGGUGGUGACCAAAUUUAUACUUACCAACAAAAGAAAGAAGAGUGGAAUACAGAGGAAACAGGAGAGAACGAGCACGCUUUGAAGAUUCUUCCAUUCGAAUUUGUUGCCCUCGAGGCAUGCCUCCAGGCUACCUGCAGUAGCUUGGAUGAUGAAGCAACAAGACUGGAGCAAGAAGCUCAUCCAGCAUUGGAUAAGCUCACUUCCAAGAUUAGCACUCUCAAUCUAGACCGGGUUCGACAUAUUAAGAGCCGUUUGGUGGCAAUAACUGGGCGCGUGCAGAAGGUGAGGGAUGAGUUGGAGCAUUUGCUCGAUGACGACGAAGAUAUGGCAGAGAUGUAUUUGACAGAGAAGUUAGAGGAGGAGGAGGCGCUUGAGAAUUCUUCUACCAAAGAGCAAGACAUGGUAGAUGAGGAAGCAGAUCAGGCUAGUUUCGAGGCAAAGAUGGGACUUGAUGAUGACGAGCAGCAAGCUCCGAGCAUGCAAAGUUCUAGCAUCAAGAGUCUCGAUGUGGAGGAGCUCGAGAUGAUUCUAGAAGCAUAUUUCGUACAGAUAGAAGGCACGUUGAACAAGCUAUCCGCUCUGAGAGAGUACGUGGACGACACAGAAGACUACAUAAACAUAAUGCUGGAUGACAAGCAGAACCAUCUGCUGCAAAUGGGAGUGGUGCUCACUACAGCGACUUUGGUGGUGGGUGCGUUUGUGGCCUUGACUGGGGUGUUUGGCAUGAACAUUGGCAUCGAGCUCUUCGACCCCAAGUUAUAUGGGAUGUCUGAAUGGCUCUGGACCGUAGGUGGAAGCACCAUUGCCUCUGUUUUCUGUUACGUAAUCGGUGUUGCCUGGUGCAGGUACCAACGCCUCUUGGAAUGAAGAGGGAGGAGGAAGAGUUAUGUUUUCUCGCUUGCUUUACCACAAUCCAAUGUUGAUCUUGUAGCUUUUUAAUUAGUUAUGAUUUUGAGUUGGUUACUUGGUGAGAUACAAAGAUGUUGCCCAUUUUUUGAAAUUGAUUUUUUUAUAUUUUAAUAAACUACCAUCUCUCCCUUAUUUUGUAAAGUGAAAUAAACAUUUAGCUUAAUGGGCCUCAAAGCCCGCAA